CGUGACCCGAGUCAUCCAGGAAGCAGUGGUGACAGCUGCAGAGGUUGUUUAUGUCCUGGAGAUCAGUGCUGCUGCUUCCAUAUCUGUGAAAUCAGACACAGGAAGGGGAAACGUCGAUGCGCUGGUUUAUCGGAGGACAUACAUCAGCUGACGGGGUUGUUCCUGUAAAGACAGGGCCAUUACAUUUUACUGUCUCAGCCCACGCUGUCAACUAAGUUGAAAUGGCCGUGGCUGAAAACAAUAUGGAAGACAUAAAUCCUGUACUAAGAAUUAGUCAACUGGAUGCCAUUGAGUUGAACAAGGCACUGGAGCAAUUGAUCUGGACUCAGUUUAACAGCUGUUUUCAGGGCUUCAAACCAGGACUUUUGAGUCGCUUUGAACCAGAGAUUAAAGCUUUUCUGUGGCUGUUUUUGUGGAGAUACACCGUCUACUCCAAGAAUGCCACCGUUGGCCAGGCGAUCCUGAACAUUCAUUACAAAAAUGACUCGUCUCAGACUCCGAAGUACCGGCCACUUAAUAAACAGCAGAAAGUAUGGUUCGCACUGUUAUCUGUGGGAGGCAAAUGGUUGGAGGAGAGGUCCUAUGACUUAUUCAGUAAUAACCCCUUUGGGUCUUCGUUUCAAAGGAUGAAGCAUUUGAUAAAUGUCUCUUCUGGGCUCAUCAAGGUUUUUGGGCUCCUGAAUUUCUUAAUUUUUCUACAGCAAGGAAAGUGUGCCACGCUGACCGAACGACUGCUAGGAAUCCGGUCUGUUUUCAACAGACCCCAAAACGUGCGGCAGGUUGGCUUUGAUUACAUGAACAGGGAGAUUUUGUGGCACGGAUUUGCAGAAUUUUUUAUUUUUCUCCUUCCCCUUAUCAAUACUCAAAAGCUAAAAAUGAAGCUGUUCUCUUGGUUCAAGCCGGUCAAAGGGCUGCGCCUUACCGACCCAUCACUAGCUAUCGUCUGCAAGGAGUGCUGCCUGUGUGGCGAAUGGCCCACCAUGCCUCAUACCAUCGGCUGUACUCACGUCUUUUGCUACUACUGCAUUAAAAGUAAUUACAUGGCCGACAUGUAUUUCACAUGCCCUAAGUGUAGUAUCCAAGUGCACAGCCUGCAGCCGCUGGAAUUCAAGAUUGAAAUUGCAGAGAUUCACACUUUGUAAGACGAUACAUGGAUAUCUAUCUAAUCUCACCAGAAAUGAAGAAUAAGUCUCUAAACCCAUAUCCUAACAGAUCUUCAUUAAUAGAAUGGAAGGGCAGACUGCUUAUGACCAAGAACCAUCAAACUGUGCCGCCUUUCUCAUCAGGCAUCUAAGGACCCACACCCAACUGAGGAAGCGAGAGAGUUAUUUAUAGGGUUAACUAAAUUUGUUUAGAGACCCCCCCCUUAUAAUAUUCAUUCUACUGUGUUUAAAGGGGUUUUCUGCCUGCUGUCAGUAUAUAGUAACAUUUUAUUUACUCUGCAUUCAGAAACAUGUCCACAUCUGUCAGCAGAUUUGUACCUAUGAGACUGGAAAACGCACAUGUACUGCAUAUGUGACAAUCAGAGGAUGCCCAGACAGCUUUGGGUCCUGUUUCGCAUAUAUUCCAUCUUUUUGAAGACCAGAAGAGUCUUACUUUUUUAAGCUCUAGAGAAGCAUUCAAAAUAAGAGCUAUAAGAAGUCCAUCAACGUUAUGGCAAGGCUCUGUUCCCAUUGGCAUCAGGUUCUGGGUUUUCUAUGGGGAGAAUAGCAUAGUCUGCAGCUGUAUUUUGACCGUAAAAACACCCUGAAACUGACGGAUCCAUUAGAAGUCCAUGAUAUGCAUGUGGAUUCUUUGGGAACUUUUUGAAACAGAUUUGUCGGUGCUGUCAUGGAGCUGAAGGGAACCGGUCAGCUCCUUUAGGUUGCCCUUUGAGGGCAGUAGUGACAGACACUCUGAUUUCAACGUAUCUGUUUUAAUGUGCGGUAGUUUUGAAGAACUUACAUCUUAACCCUUUCGGCGAGGAGUCAGAUGUAUUCAUGAUCUGUAUUCUCCCUCCGCCCUCCGAUGCCCAAUUGACAGCCUUUUCCCUAUUACUGUACAUAGGGAGAAAUCUGUCCACCAGUGGCUGGAGGGUGGGGGGAGCAUGCAAACCAUGAAUACAUCAGACUCCUUGCUGGAAGUGCACUGCAGGGGUGAAGAUGUAAGUUCUUCAAAACCACUGUCUUUUACCACAUAAAUGAGAGACCAUUGAAAUCAGCGAGGGCAGCUUAAGAGAGCAGAGAGGUUCCCUUUAAAGGGGUUGUCGGAGUUCAGAGCUGAACCCGGACAUAUCCCCUUCUUCCCCCAUUCGACCCCUGUGACAUUUCAUGUUCCGAUGCUCUCCCUUUCCCUGUGCUGUAUAGUGCAGGGCAAGGG